ACAGAGUCUCAUUUCCCCAGACUGCACUGUCUUCCUUCUCUAACAAGCUAACAACUCCUUUCCUGUCGCUUUCAGUGUCAGAGACGACCAUCCGUCAUGGAAGACCCUACGGACGAAGACAACCUCCGCUCCAUUCUCUCCGACCACCUCAGACGCCUCAGGGCGGCCAAAACCCUCGAGUCCGACCACGACAUGGCCUUCAAUCUCCAACUGCAGGAAGCCAUGGCCGCCUCUCUGGCUCUCCAACCCCCAUCCACCUCUCCACAGACUCUCCACCCUCGCAUUCACGACCACAAUUUCGUAAUCGACCUCACCGACUGGCCGGAAGCGUAUUGCACGAACGACGCGUCGUCUUCGUCGAAGGCGGCGGCGGAGGAGGAGAGCGAGUGUUGUAGACUGUAUUUCAAGGGGCUUGUGAGCGAGGAGAGGGUCAAGGACAUGGAUGUCAUUGUGGCUGGGGUUGGGGUGGCCAUUUGUGACGCUAGAGAUAAUCUGAUUUUGGAGGCCAAGAAGAAUCUGGAGGCGUUUGGUGGUGGUGGUGAGGUUCUGAGCAAUGAGGCUGCUGAGCUUGAGGCUCUUAUUGAAGGGCUCAGUACAGCUCUCACUCUGGACUUGAGAAAUGUCACAUUUUUCUGUGAUAACAACAAGCUUUACCAAUAUGUUACAUACAAAGUGCAUCCUGAAAACUUUAAGAUUGCGACAUUAGUCACUCAAGUUGCUCUUCUACAAAGAAAAUUUGAACAUUGCACUCCUUCUCUUGUGGAACCUAGUGCCAUUAAGUUUGCAUUCCAAUUUGCAAGAGAGGCUAUAGUUUCUCAGAUCACCUGGACAACUAGUAAUGGCAAGAGAUUCAAUGAGACUUGUGUCAUUUGUUUUGAAGAAACAGAUGUUACUAGAAUGUUUUCAAUUGAAGGCUGUCUGCACAGGUAUUGCUGUAAUUGUAUGAAACAGCAUAUUGAAGCAAAGUUGCUUAAUGGGAGCAUGGUGCAGUGUCCUCAUGAAGGCUGUGAGUCUGAAGUGAGUAUUGAUAGCUGUGAAACAUUCUUGGAGCCUAAACUUGUUCAGGUCAUGCGCCAACGAAUCAAGGAAUCUUCUAUUCCUGUUACGGAGAAAGUUUACUGUCCAGAUCCCAAGUGUUCUGCAUUGAUGUCAAAAAAUGAUGUCUUGGAAUAUACUAAGAAUUAUUUUGUUGCUGUUGAACAAUCUGGAGUCAGGUUAUGCAUGGAAUGUCAUCGCUGUUUUUGUAUCAAUUGCAAAGUUCCAUUCGACAAUCACACCUGCUAUGACUACAAGAAAUCAAAUCCUUGUGCAGAAGAGCAAUUGGUGAAGUCACUGGCUAAAAAGAAACACUGGCGCCAGUGUGUGAACUGCAGCCAUAUGGUUGAACUUGCAGAAGGUUGUUACCACAUAACUUGCAGAUGUGGAUGUGAGUUUUGCUAUACUUGUGGAGCUGAAUGGAAGGACAAGACACCAACAUGUUCCUGCCCAAUCUGGGAUGAGUGCAACAUUAUACGAGAAUGAUCAGGAGGAUUACCAUUACUGUUGUCAGAUUAGAUUGAUCAAUAGUACAAUUACCACUACGGUAAUGAAAUUCCUUUGUCAGCAAAACUGUAGGUGCAAGAGCCUGUCUGUAUUCCCGUUUACAUGAAAAGGAUGUAGAAUUGAUCCACAAGUAGUUAUAAAAACGAUUUCAGACUGCUAAGUAUCUGUU